CUCCUCUCAGAGUCAGGGAGUCACUGCAGCUCCUCUCACUACAAUAGGGGCCCCCCUGCUAAACUUUCCCUUCCAGCCCCUGUGUCCCACUUUCCCCUCCGGCUGCAGCAGUUACACCCCCCCCCCUCCUUCCUCAGGAUUUGCAGAAAAAAACUUUAUAUUUCCCCUAUUCUUACUUAUUACUUGUUUUUGAAUUUUGAGGAAUUUUAUAGAAUUUCAGAUUCUACGUCCCACCCCCUGAAUGUGAGUCCCAGAUACUGACAACAUGGACCUGGGCAAGUUCUGUCUUGGCGGCUUGUGCUUCUACUUUCUGCUGGAGGUUACAGAGGCCCAGGGCUUCAUGAUAAAGAAUGUCCAGCUGGAGAAAUGCAUUCACGUGAAUCAGGACAGCGGAGGAGUUUCUGUAGCAAAGUGCAAGCUUCACUCACUACACCAACAAUGGUUUUGGGACCCUGAGAAAAACUUCAUAUUAAACGUGAAAAGUAACCAGUGUCUAACUGUCGUGGAGAUGCAAGAGUUCUCCUCCCUAAAGAUGGGGCCUUGCGAAAGCAAAGAGCUACAAGCCUGGACCUGUGAUAAAAUAGGCCACUUGAUUCUCCAACCCCAUGGACUCUAUCUAACUGCAAAGUCCAAGAAGGUAUUUGUAUCCAAGGGGAAGGAUAAAUUCAGCAUAUGGAAGACGCCAUUGGAUGCUCCAGUCUGCAAGGGUUUUGUCAAACUUUCUGAGCCCACUGAACCAAGCAAGACUCAAAAAAUUGACACUAUCACACAACUUGCACACAAAUUUAAUGAUGACAGCACCGGAGCAGAAGUAAGAAGGUUCCCUUCCAGCCCUGACCUAAUCCAGACCAGUUACACCACUCGGUUUCUUGGGGAUACUAUCACAUUGAAUUCUACAGACACUGGCAAGUUCUCUCCAAGACACAAUGAUGAAGUUGGGCAGCAGUUUAUCAGUGCCAAAGAAAACUUGGUGGAAACUCAGUAUCAGUACAGACAGGGAAAUAACAGCUGGAAGGCGGCCAUGCUGGUCCUGAGCCCGCUGACCUUCAUCCUGGGGAUGAUUAUUCUGGCAAUGAAUGUCCGUAUGAACAAGAAGAGGAAACUCCAGUCUUCUAUGUCUCAUCAACCCAAACCCAUCCAUAAAUUGGGUUCUGCUCACGAGCAGCGCCCCCUCACAGAGUCAGGAGAUACAACAGGGUGCUCAGGACAGGGUCCCCACUCUCCAACCAUGAAACACGGGGAGAUCCUGAUUGAAUGGAAGGAUGGUACCAUCACCCCACUGUUUGACCAGCAAGCAAACUGAUUGGAUGCUCCUCAGGAGCAAAAGCUAACUUCGCCCAUUCCUCGCUUGUGCAGCAUUAUUAAUCGCAGCUUCCAACAAACACAGAAUAUUAGGAGCCUUAGUGAGUUUUAAUUGAUAGCAUCUUCUAGGAGAUUGUGGUGGUCUUGGCAGACCCUAGAAAUAAUCACAUUAUUAUACGAAUGAUUGGAAGCAUUUGGCCCAAUAGGCUUCUGUUUUAUCUGAUAGCAGACUGACACUACUCUAGCCAUGUGGCUGCUCCCACAGAAUAUCAGCGGUUAUGCCCCAUUCUGCAGCCGGGGAACUGAGGCACUACACAUGUACUGGGAUUAGAUGGAAAACUCUGCUCUAGAAUUCUUCACUUGUUUGUCUACUGAGUCCUUUUUCCCAAACAUCUAAAAUUAAUGAGUGGGAUCCAAAGCUACUGAGGCCAACGACACAGCACCAAGAAUAAAAUGAAUGGAGAACGUUAUCCAAGAAAUAAAAAGAAAUAGAAUCCUCAGAACAAAUUCAUUUGCCCUUCUGCAGUAUGUUUUUUUCUAUUUUUCAAGAUAUUAGCAGUUCUAAAUGAUAAAGUGCCACUUGCUGGCUGUUUUGGCAAUUUUGCUGCGUGUUAUAGUGAUGGAGGCAGUGGGAACCCGCAGCUACAGGUACCAGGGUCGCACUGGGCUGGUGGGACACUGGGAAAAUACCCAGUGCCCACUCUACACCUGUAAAUUGUGGCAAAUCCCCUCAUUGCAGCAGCAAAGAAGAAAUAAAAGUUGAAAAUGAGUGGAGGGGUAGGUGACAGGGUUCACAACUGGGGCGAGGGCCCCCUGAGGUGACAGGCAGAUGGGUCCUGGACACCCCAGUUUGGCACACCUGCCCUCUGGACAGAAUUAGAACUAGUCAAAACUAGUGAUCCCUAUUACAUUAGAAGUUUCAAAAAACUGCUUGAAAAUAGAAAACAAACAGCAAAAUGCUCACAAGAGCAAUCAGAGAAAUUGGAUGUUAAUUUGUUUUGAGGAUUCCUACAAAAGGGAAACUAAACCAAUUUUUUAAAUUUUUUUCCUUUGUGGUUGUCAGACAUUAAAUUGCACAAUGAUAUUCCUGUUGCAGAGCUCCUUUAAUUGCCAUAAAUGUGUUACUGGUCCUGG